AAGAGCAGCGGCUCUGCUCUGCUCGACCAGCAGCAUCACUCACACCUGACAAACUGAAGUGGCUACGCUCAGCUGUAUCUGAAGAAUCAACCUUUUUUUUCAUUUUUUAAAUGUAUGUUAAUUCUGUAGGGGAUCAGAGAAGAACAAGAAAUCAUCUGUAACUGAAGGUGUGGUACCAUGUUGGGAUUAAAUAAGGUGGCACUCCUGCUGUGUGUCCUGGCUUCAGUGGCUCUGGGCCAAGGCCCCGUGAGGAGCAGGAGUCAGUCAGACCGGAGCAGGAGAGUGGCCCUCAACUUGUUCACUGACACACAGACAACAGGCGUGACGGAGUGGACGUCUUGGUUCAACAUCGACCAUCCUGGAGGGAAUGGAGACUAUGAGCGCCUGGAGGCGAUCCGUUUCUAUUACAGGGAGAGGGUCUGUGCUCGGCCCACGGCCAUGGAGGCUCGCACUACAGACUGGGUGGCAGCGGCAGACACCGGAGAAGUGGUCCACUCCAGUCUGGAGAAGGGCUUCUGGUGCAUCAACAGGGAACAGCCCCAGGGCCGCAUCUGCUCCAACUACCACGUCCGCUUUCAGUGUCCCCCAGUGCAGAGCUACUGGACUGACUGGAGUGAGUGGGGCCCCUGUUCAACCACAGUUUGUGACGACGUGGGCAUUCAAGUCCGCCAGAGGAAAUGUGUGAACACCCAGCCCAUGCCUCUCCUGUUGGUGCCAGCAUGCCAGGGUCACCACUCAGAAAGGAGGGAGUGCUCCAAUCCUCCAUGUACAGCCAAGUGGGGUCCAUGGGGUCGGUGGGGAACUUGUUCAGUGACCUGUGGUGGAGGCCGCAGGAUUAGGAGGAGGACUUGUGUGAGGAGCUCAGUGACAGUUCAGUGUAACGGACGGCCUGUUGAAGUACAGAAGUGUGGAAAGAGUCCAUGCCCAGCCAAAUGUCAGCUCGUGUGCACAGAGGGCCGUCCCAAUGAGGAGUGCAACCAGUGUACGUGUGACGACCACGUGUUGCACGGAGAAGUCCACAGUGUGACUGGUGUCCCUGUGGCAGGAGCCUGGGUGGCGCUGGCCAGCCACCCCAAGGUGAUCCGUGCCCGUACAGAUGCCAAAGGUCAGUUCAGGCUCACAGGCAUCUGCUCCUCCAGCCCGACCUUGAUCUCCAUCAGGAAGGAGAAGUUUGCCCCCAUCACUGUCUCCUCCUCCAGCAACACCACAGGGUUGUCCUGGGUACGGGCUGUCCUUAAAUCAGCCGAGAAGCCGUACAUUGUGAAGCACCCUGAGGACAAAGUGCGUUUUGAGGGAGGACGAGUGAUGUUGUGCUGCAAGGCAACGGGAUCACCAACACCUGACAAAUACUACUGGUACCACAAUGGGACCCUGCUGGACAGGAGAGUGUACAAGUAUGAAGAGGACCUUGUACUGUGGGAUCUAAAGCCGGAGCAGACAGGGGAGUACUACUGCAAAACUAGCAGCCCUGCAGGCAGCAUCAAGUCCUCUCCAGCCCUUCUCACUGUGAUUGCAAAAGGAAAGCCAGCAUGCAACCCCACCCCUGAGACGCACCUCAUCAGACUGCCGAUAGACUGUGUUCAACCAGGGACUGACUCAAUGCACUACAACGCUGGCCGUUGUCCUCACAACAAAUGUGCUGGCUCACUAGACUUUGAUAUGCGCUGCAGAGAUGGAGCUGGGUUCUGCUGUGGGGUCAAAACUAUGGAAAGUCGGAUCAUUGACUGCGGGAGCUAUAGCCUCCCUAUCAAGGCUGUGUCAGAAUGCAGUUGUCAGAAGUGUGUGCAGCCCACUGUGCUGGUUCGUGGCAGAGUGGUCACAGCUGACAAUGGUGAGCCUCUGCGUUUUGGGCACAUGUACAUUGGUAAAGAGAGGGUGGGCACCACUGGAUACCAAGGAGGUUUCACAUUGCAAAUUACUCCUGAUACUCAGAGAUUAGUGGUAAAUUUUGUUGACCCCACUGAGAAGUUUCUUGACACUCCUAAGGUGUUCAUCCUUGAUAAGAAAGGUGGGUCCAUCUACCACGAUGUGAAGGUAAUGAGGAAGCAGACACCCAUUGAUAUCAAUGCUGGAGAGACCAACUCUAUUAACCUAGGGGAAAUUGAAGGGGAAGACCCCAUUGGUCAGUUGGUUAUUCCACCCAACUCCUUCCACAAGGACAAUGGAGAAGUCUAUGAGGGCACUGUGAAAGCAAGCGUCACAUUCAUUGACCCAAGAAAUAUCACCACUGCAGCUGCGGCCCCUGGGGAUCUCAACUUUGUUGAUGAUGAGGGUGACAUGCUCCCUUUGAGGACCUAUGGCAUGUUCUCUGUAGACUUCAGAGAUGAGACCAACAAGGAGAUGCUCGGAGCUGGAGCUGUUCAACUCCUCCUCGACACGCAGCACGUCAAAAUGCAAGAGCACAUUCCCAAAAUGAAACUGUGGUCUUUAAAUCCAGACACAGGAGUCUGGGAAGAGGAGAGUGGCUUCUCCUACACCACAACAACUACUGGUGGUCAUGGGCGAAGCAAACGAGAGGAGCGCACAUUCCUCAUAGGCAACAUGGAGAUCAGAGAACGAAGGCUCUUCAAUUUAGACGUGCCUGAAAACAGACGCUGCUACGUCAAAGUCCGUGCCUACAUGAGUGACAAAUUCCUACCUAGUGAACAGCUGGAGGGUGUUGUGAUCAGCUUGAUAAACCUAGAACCCAAACCUGGUUAUUCUUCUAAUCCGAGGGCAUGGGGGCGUUUUGACAGCGUCAUCACUGGACCCAACGGAGCCUGUUUACCAGCUUUCUGUGAUGCCCAAAGGGCCGAUGCUUACACAGCUUAUGUCACAGCAAUGAUGGGUGGGGAAGAACUGGAGGCAGCUCCCUCUUCCCCUAAGAUGAAUCCAAAUAUCAUUGGAGUAUCUCAGCCAUAUCUGGAUAAAAUAGACUACCAGCGCUCAGAUCACGAAGAUCCAGCUUUGAAGAAAACAGCCUUCAGAAUCAACUUGGCAAAGCCUAACCAAAAUAAUCUUGAUGAAACCAAUGGGCCAAUAUAUCCCUAUCAGAAUUUGAUAGGUUGUGAGAACGCCCCUUUUGAUGCAAAUCAUUUCAGAUUCUUCAGAGUGGAAAAGGACAAGUAUGAAUACAAUGUUGUUCCCUUUGAGGAGAAUGAUUUGACAACCUGGACAGGAGAUUACCUUUCCUGGUGGCCUAAUCCCCAGGAGUUUAGAGCAUGCUUCAUUAAGGUCAAGAUCCAUGGACAGAAGGAAGUGAUGGUCAGGUCGAGGAAUCUUGGAGGAACACACCGGGAAACUAAAGGCAAACUUUAUGGCAUAAGAGACAUUCGCAGCACCCGGGACAUGCGAGAGGCCAACACUUCAGCAGCCUGUGUAGAGUUCAAAUGUAGUGGCAUGUUGUUUGAUCAAGCUGAGGUUGACAGAUCCAUCAUAUCAGUCCUUCCACAGGGGAACUGUCGCCGGACUGGCACCAACAGCCUCCUGCAAGAGUAUCUCAUCAAACAUCCACCAGUCGCUCACAACAAUGAUUCCCAUGGAUUCACCAUGCUAGCCCCUGUUGAUCCUUUGGGACACAACUAUGGCAUCUACACAGUCACAGACCAGAACCCCAGGGUGGCCAAGGAGAUCGCUAUAGGCCGCUGCUUUGACGGCACCUCAGAUGGUUUCUCCAGGGAGAUGAAGUCAGACUCUGGGGUGGCGUUGACCUUCAGUUGUCCAGAGAGGAAAAUUAGCAGAGAAAGCCUUUUCCAACGUCUGCAGACCAACCCGGGUCAGACUUUGUCUCAGAUGGCAAGGGACAUGAGGGAGUCGGAGGGUCUGCAGGUGCAAAGAUUACCCUCUCAGAUUGUGGCUUAUCCUUCAGAGCAGCGGGGCAGGACCCAGAGUCGCAGAGUCACCUCUACAACCAGGAGGAGAUUGUCCAUGCGCACACAGCAACGCCAAUAGAUGCUUCAAGGUAGGUCUUUUGUCAAGACUGAUAUGAUGUCACCAAGAUGAGAAAGUUAAAGUCGGCCAUCUGCUGAUGGGUAUGAACUCCCUCCUGAAUAUGGAAACCACGAAACUGAGGCAGACAGCAAUUCAGCAAAAUCAAAGAGACUUAUAGAAGAUAAUCAUUAGACUUUUACUUACUUGAAGGCUUUGGUAUGUCAAUUAUUAAUUCCUUUCCCUCCUAAAAGACAUGAAUCAUUUGAUUAUAUGUAACGCAGUGACUGGCAUUUGCUUUAUUAGUUUUGGUCUACUUUUAUGUAUGAAAAGACUAAAUUGAUGUUUGAGAACGUAACUUUUAUAGUUCCAAUUUGUGGCAUUCCACUUUCCCCAUGGUGGGUAUUUUUCUUUUGCUGACAUCUCUCAACGCUUGAGUUGAAACCAAACCUCCAGAAACCGUAAAUACUACGCCAGGCCCCAAACACUUCAUAAUUGGCCAUUGCUUUCCACCGAACUUCUCCUCACGAUCAGAAAGAAACCAGCUUGAGGUCCUUGUCGUCUGCAGCAGACACUGAGCCCUUUUUCUACAAACUGGGAAACUCUCUCCACCAAGAGGAGGCUCGCACAAAAGAGACGCAUGCAGCGGGGUGAGGCAUGCCACCCAGGGAACAGAGGAUGUUUUCAGUCAUGCUUCUUAAUGUUUUUCAUUUGCAUGCCACAUUGCCAACUGUGACUCAGCCAAACGUCCUUUCACACCUACUUAGAAUGUGCAAGACCAAGGCCUCUGCCAAGACAAGCAUGGAUCCCACUAGUGGCAGGUGGUCUGAAAUGUGGAUAGUUGAUUGAGAGGUAUGACAUAAUUUCCUUUUGUCCUCUGAACAUUCCAAAUUAGUACCACCAAAGAAAAUGUUACUCAAAUAUAUAUUUCCAAAUAUCUCACUUUCACAGACACCAUUACAGAGACUCUUUCAGGGUCUAAACUGACUUUUUUUUUUUCAUUGUUGUUUUUGGGUAAUGUGCUUAAGAGCUGCCGUUGUAUCUUGAAGUGCAAUAACUAUAUAAUUUAACUUAAGAAUGAUCAGCAUGUAAUAAACUACUACAGUACGUAAAAAGUGCUGCUGGUGACUAAAGCAACAACUCCUUCAGUACGUGUGGCAGAUAGUGCGGUUGAGGUGUACGAGAUCUUGCACAGGACUCAUUUGAAGCAAAUAAUUUAACUGCUAUGUAAUCGCUCUUCAACUCUCUGAGCUGCGUAGAAUCUAUUAACCUUUUCAUACUUUGCUGCAUGACUCAGUUCAUUUUACAAUUUGUACACCACAGUAAUCUUUUCAAUUUCAGAGAGCAAUCUUGUAAGAGGGAGUUAAAACUCUCAGCGGAGCCUUCUCUUCAUUAACAAAACCCACUGUAUGAUUCUUACACGAGUCUGAUAAUUAAAAAGUAACACACUUGUGAAUUUACUGGCCAUGUUUUUAUAAAUCUUGUCUUUGUGACAAUAUAAGUACCUUUAAAGUUCACAUCUUGAUACUGCAGAUACUGAGACAGAAUAUUAGACUUAGAAAACAUAUAUUAGGUUAUUUUAAUCGAGGCUGGUGAUGGGGAGAAACCUCCCUCUGCGAUAAAGGCACCAAACUUGUUUAUCUGCAAAACGGGCACUUGCAGACCCAUGGGAAAAGCUCUCCAAGCUGAACUAAUCCAAAACCAUAUCAGGGGGGACCGUGGUCCGUGGAGAAACCAGGAGAGCAUGACAAGUAAAUAUAAGCCUGCUGUUAAUUAGAAAAAUAAAUUACAGAAUCUCCUGGGAACUAUUUAAACAGUUUGCCCGACUUUCACAAACAGCCAACAGUUAAUUUCCACCUACACAGGAUGAAGUUAAGUAAUCAACACUAUACAGAGCCCAAGAGGAUUAUGGUCACAUAUUUACAAUUAAAAUGGCAACCAGCCCACUGUACAGGUAACUUCAUUUAAGCUUAAUGACAUUUUUAAUUCUAAUGUACAACAGAUUUAUUGUUUAAUGUGUGCUAAAAGGUGCUAAUGUAAAGUUGUAUGUAUAAAUGCAAACUAUAUAUUGUAACCUUACACUUGUGCUUAGCCCCACAUUGAAAAACAAUCUCUCCCCAUUAUGUAUAUGAGCAGCACACUCCAGAAAAACACUCAAAGACAGAGCAGUAUCGGGCAACAACACGUGGUACCUUUGCCUUUAUCACUGACCUCUCUAAUCACAGGCCUGUGGGCCGUCCGCAACUCCACUGUUCAGAUCUCCAGAUGAAAACAAACAUCUCCCUGCAGCAGAUGUAGCAUCCACCCUGUGAAAAAAAGAGAUGAUGAUUGAAUCCAGGUGUGGGAAGAGAUAAGUCCUGUAAAAAUGCAAUGGUUGUGUGAGGUCAGCUGAGGAGGCCCAACAGCUGUAGAGCAACUGGAGGAAAUGUUAGACCAAAGACAUCAAGAGAAAUAAGAGCGAGAUUAUCUCAUGAUGGAUUUAAUCAUUUUUGGGGAACUGUUUGGUGAAGGGAAAAAGGGAAGGGAAAAUAUUAGUGGUCUUUGGCCCCACAGUCCAUCACUUACAGAAUCUCAGGCUCCGAAAGUGGUUGCACAUGGAAGAAUGCGGGUUUUUUGAGGAGAAUGCUUUGACAGAAGAAUUGGCUUAUUCAUGAGCAGAAGUUAUCAGGGGAGUUUGAAAGACAAGGUAACAAUAAUAGUAAACCAUUAUGUAAGGCUUUGCACGGGAAAGUAAGCCAGACUCUCCAAACAGUUAUUUUGUCUUGUGGGUAACUUCAAAGCAGAUUAAAGAAGCUUUGCAAUGUUUGGUUUAAUGACUUAAGAAAAAGUUUCCAAAGUAUUUAGAAUCAAAUAAAGUGAGUUUAAGCUUGAAUCCAACAGAUAAAACACACUGCAUGGAAAGGAAAUCGCAGUAGAAGUAGCAACCGCUCCAUUUUAUAGGAAUUAAAUGUUAAUAUCAUGUAUAUGGGUUAAAGGGUUACUUUUGUUUUACACCUUGAGGAAAAUCAGCUUUGUCUUUCUUAAAGAGAGUUCACUAGCAAUAUCCCUCUCAUUUCUGUUCAUAAAGACUGGAAACAGGGGAGCGGCUAGCCAUGCUAGCUGUAGCAUGGCAAGGCCAUGACUUGUCUUUUUUAAACUUCAGUGUUUACACAGAUAAAACAAACAAGAUUCAGUGUACUCAUUAAAGGCGCUGGUUUGUAAAUUUUCUUAUAUUCGGACAAAGCCUAGCUAGCUCAGUAGCUGUUCCUAUGCUAAGCUAAGCUAACCAGCUGCUGCCUGGGGCUUUAUAUUUACCGUAAAGACGUAAGAGUGGUAUCAAUCUUAUCGUCUAACUCUUGAAAAGAAAGUAAACAAGUUGAUGUACCAAAGCGAUAAACAAUUCCUUUAAUGAAUACAAUAUACUUACCAGUACUGAAAUCUUGCAUGCUUUACAAUAGAGCACUGCUGGGAUGAUGAAGUUAGCGUUGCCCUUGUUAUCUCGUCAAAAAGCAAAUAGGAUUUUUCCAUUGGAGUUUAGAUUAUCGCAAAAAUUAAGUUCUGUGGCAAACAUACGUUUAUGAUUCUUACAUGUUUUGUUUAGCAAGAUAAUCUUCACAAAUUAACACCACUUUCAUAAUCUAUGGAGCGUAAAUGCAAUCGCCAAAAGUAAAAAGCUAACGUUAGGUUAUAAAUGACCUAGAAUAUAGCUGCAUGACUUCAAGGUCACCACCACCAUGAGGCUGGAAAGUCGUGUUUGGCUUGAUGGCGUUUUGUGGUCUCAUUUAGCCCCUUGCUAGCAACCAUCUUUUUUAAGACAUGUAAAGGCAUAUACAUUUACAAGUGGGGUAUUUACUGGCAUAUUUUAGGCUGUUGAACAAAACAUUAAAGUCUCUUAAGCUUGUGUGAACAACAGACCUUUUUUCAGGCAUCUAACCGAAAAAGAGACAAAGAAACCAGGAGUGCUAAAAUGCCAACUCAUUUCCAGGUUUUAGACUCAUUCCUACUGCACUCUAUUGGACUUUUUACCCCUUUAGACUUGCUAAACUUGGGUUGUGUUUGUGAACAUUAAAAUUUAAGAAAAAGUCUGCAAAGUAUUUCACCAUAUGUCACCUCUCUGUCACAGAAUCUCAGUGGGUACAUGCAACGCUCACCAGCCCUAUUUAAUUUUAGGGCAGAAAAGACUCUCAAUCCACCAGAAACCACCGACAAUUCAUCAAGCAUGAACAGAUUAAUCCAUUUCUCCUCUGUACAGUCCAGAUGGUCUCAAGGAGAUCAUAAUUUAUUCAGAAGGUCAUCCUUGAGACCUUUCCACCACUUUCUGGAGUUUGCGAAGAGAGUUGUAUAUUUGCCACUGUGCUCCAGGAAGCCUCCCCGAGCUCCAGUAAAAGAAUUACAUCAACGAUCUCCUGAUAAUACUCUGUAAGCGCUUAACUAUUGCAUGAUGAUGCCGAGCCCGUUUCUCUCUGAGUUUUUAUGUGUAAAUUGUGUAUUGUAUGAAAUCUACUAUUAUUGUACGAACAAGAAACUGUAAAUAAAUAAUUUUGUGUAAACUUUUGAUUUA